AUGCCAUUGGCGAUGUGGGACUUUGAUCAUUGUGAUCCCAAACGAUGUUCGGGUAAGAAACUUGCUAGGCUGAGAGUAGUUAACAUCAUUAGGACUACACACAGAUUCAGAGGAAUAGUGUUAAGUCCAAAUGGUACUCAGGCAGUCUCGCCAGCCGACCGAUCGAUAGUAGCCGAACAUGGAUUAGCCGUUGUCGAUUGUUCAUGGGCUCGGUUGGAAGAUGUCCCGUUUAAAAAGUUGAAGACAUCUCAUGAUCGAUUGCUGCCAUAUUUAGUUGCCACUAAUCCAGUAAAUUAUGGCCGACCUUGGAAACUGAAUUGCGCUGAAGCCUUUGCUGCUUGUUUCUAUAUUACAGGCUUUCCUGAGUAUGCAGAAGAAGUCCUAGGCAAAUUCAAAUGGGGCCACGCAUUCGCCAAAGUCAAUGGAGAACUCCUUAGACUAUAUUCUGGAUGCAAGGAUUCAACAGAAGUUGUCAAAGUACAAAAUGAAUGGCUUGAUAAGAUUGAGCAGGAACAAGUUCAAAGACAGGCGAAUGGUGUGUAG